UGACUGUCAUUCUUUCUUUUCAUAGUGCACUCAGACAAAUCCGGGUGUUGGUUUCUUAGUUUAAAAAAAAUGUUGUGUUGAUAUUUUCUGUAUGUAAUCUUUGCAUAUUCGUAAAUCUCCUUUUUUUUUCUUCUUUUUCGAAAGUGACAUUUGAGUGAUUCUGUCAUUUUGAUUUAUUUAUUUCCUUCUGUGAUUACAUAAUCUUUUUUUCUCUAGUUUGUCUUUUUUUACCCUUUCUCGCUUAUUAUUUACCAGUAAUACACUAACUUGAUAAAGUUUGGUUUUGCUGUAUUUUUAUCUUUCUUAACUAAACAGCACUCUUUUGAUACUUCACCACUCUGACUGUCUGUCUCCUCGUGUUCUCGGCUGACUUGAUGUCUGGCACACUGUGAACUCACUGUAAGAGACACUGCAGUUUUCCAAGGCUUGAGCAUUUCUGGAAUUUUUAACUCAUAACUAAGACUGGUGAAUUUGAAACAAUGAGCUUUGAUGGUGUUCCAUCCAAAUCGGAGGUUAUGGGCUGGGAUUCACAUCGGUUAGCUGACUUUUUGAAAAGAAGGAAUCUAUCUGGAUGUGAUAAGGUCAUAACACGAUACAACAUAAAUGGACAACGGUUCUUGAGUAUGUCUGAAAAUGACCUUCAAAAGUUCCCGAAGCUUCAUGCACCGCUUAUCUCCAAGAUUUGUCAGGAAAUCAACAAAGAAAAGAAGAGAUUUUUCCCACCAAUUCCUUCAAUAAGGCCAUCACAACCAGUCCCCAGCUUUCCACAACCACCAGCUGAACAUGAGGAACAAGCAUGGGACCCUGCGGAUUUUGAAAGCGAGGAUGAUUACGAGGAUCCAGAUUCAAAUGGCCAAGACGAAGCCAGUGGUGGAGAUUAUGAGUCUCCAGAGGAGGGAUCGGACAGUGACAAUAGCUAUGAGCCGCCACCAAUCGAGCCUUCUGAUGACAUGCCCCAGAUCUGUCCUGCUAAACCCAUAGAAAACAGCGAUUAUAUUGAUAAUAACCGUAAUCGUGGCACGAACAGGAGCCAACCUCCUGUGCCUCCAGAGCGUCCUGGACCUGGACCAUCUCUCCCUCCCGUAGGGGAGAGGCCAAGUGUUGGACUACAUCCAAGAGAAGAGCGGGCCCCAAAAAGACCCCCUGCACCUGUUGUGGACCGCAGUACGAAGCCAGGAGCGCAGGACAGGAGCCAUCCCUCACCUGUAGCAGGUGAAAGGGGCAGUAGCUCACUUGAUAGGGUUGUCCAACCACCAAAAAGUGCUGCUCCUCUCAGACUACCUGGACUUGAGUUGCCAGGAGACCCAAUGAGGAUUCCCAAACCCUCACUUCCUCCAUCUGGGGUGCGCAGGACUGCCUCUUCUGUUACCCCAGGCUUCUCUCAAAACAGAAAUCAAUUUGAUCACAGAACUGAGUUUCCUGAUGACAGUAAGCGAGUUUUUCUUGGUCAUUUGUUGUUUUGUUUUUUUUUUGUCCUUUUUGGUAGAACAGUUAUAAGCUUGAAUAUCAAUAAAGUUAUGAAUACCAAUAAUCCAGUAUUUUGAUAUCUUGUGAUUCUUACAGCUGCCAGGCACUCCUCCAACACAUUUCCAUUGCACACCAGGAAUCCAUCACCAAGGCCUCCAGGAACACACGGACAGUCUUCUCAAACAGACAGUGUUAGUUCCAGUCGAUCACUACCAGCAGAACUGCAGAAAGCAAUGAGCGCUCACCGGAGUAGUCCAAGAGCAGCAUUGCCACAGCCAGACACAAGUAGCAAGCAGGACAUGGAUCCAGCUUGGUAUAUGGGACAGAUCACCCGUGGUGAGGCCGAGAACUGUCUGAGAAGAGUUAACAGGGAUGGGACAUUCCUUGUGCGGGACAGCUCAAAUCGCUCUUCUAACCAGCCCUACACACUCGUGGUACUUUACCAGGCAAAAGUUUACAACAUUCAGAUCCGCAGACAGAGAGAUGGCUUCAUGCUUGGCACUGGUCUAAAGGGCUCAGAGAAUUUUGAGCGGGUUGCUGACAUUAUCAGUCAACACAGACACAUGCCACUCCUCCUUAUUGAUGCUAAGAAUCGAGUAUCAGGCCAACAGAAUCAAUGUGCUCUGAUUUACCCAGCUGGAUACUAAACCUUUAUUCUACCGAAGUCUAAUCUCCACAGGACAACACUGGACUGCAGCACAUUAUACUUUCAGAAAUAAAUCUGAUCUCUGUAAUGGAUCUUUAAUUCAGUGGUUAUAUAGCCAUUGGCAACAAUGGAAAAACCAAUGACUAAUUUUUUUAUGUUUUUUUUUCUCUCUCUCUCUCAGAGACUUUUUUACAAUCAUCAUAAUAGCAACACCAUUCGUAACUUUCAAAAUUGUAUGACUGCUGCUGCUGUUGUUUAGAACAUUGUAAAACUUUUGAAUGCAUGAUCACACUGAUGGUACUGAAAAGAUAUUAAGAAAUGUUCAUAUAGCAAACAAACCUACUGUCUGUAAAUCAAUACUUUACAUUCUAAAAGUUGUCUGUAGGUUAUUUCUCAAAAUAUAACUAGGCUAAUCAAUCUCUAAUCUUCACUGCGAAGGAGAGCUACUGUACAGUUCACAAAAAUAAAGUAUUUUCCCCCCAUCUUGUUCCA